AUGGAAUAGUCAUAUUCCAAAAAGUACACUAAACAGGUGAAAAGCUUUCAAAAAGUUGUGUCUUCUGUGUGUGACUGUCUGCUACUGCGAGAAUCCGAUUCGACGUUGGUCUUUGGAAGAGAAGCAUCAAGCUUCCUUUGUAUCCAUGAUGGCUUCCUCCGACGUCGCCGUUUUCACUUCGUCAAAGGACACCGAGAAGUUCCUCUGCAACUUGUUGCUGGAUUCCACGCAACCCAUCUCUGACCGCUUCAGAGCUCUCUUCUCUCUUCGCAACCUCAAAGGACAAGCCCCUCGCCACGCCCUCAUUCUCGCCACGAGAGAUUCAUCAAAUUUGUUGGCACAUGAAGCCGCAUUUGCGCUGGGCCAAACUUUGCAUCCAAUUGUUCGCCAUGAGGCAGCUGAAGCACUUGGUGCUAUUGGUUCAUAUGGUAACAUUCCCCUGUUGAAGAGUUGUUUGGAUUUAGAUCCGGCUCAGGAGGUCCGCGAAACUUGUGAGUUGGCUCUUGAACGUAUUCGGCAUUUAAAAGAUGCUGGAAAUAGUGAUGAUUUGUCUACAAAUGAUAUUUCACCUUUUAAGUCAGUCGAUCCAGCUGCACCGGCAUGCUCCUGUACCUCGGUACAACAAUUGAGGGAAAUACUUCUGGAUGAAGAAAAAGGGAUGUAUGAGAGAUAUGCAGCUCUUUUUGCUCUUAGAAAUGAUGGUGGAGAGGAAGCUGUUGCUGCUAUUAUCGAUUCAUUGGGUUCAAAAAGCGCUCUUUUACGUCAUGAGGUUGCGUAUGUUCUGGGUCAGUUGCAAGACAAAGCUGCUUCAGCUGCACUAUCCAACAUACUUAAAGAUGUGAAUGAGCACCCAAUGGUUAGACAUGAAGCUGCUGAAGCUCUUGGGUCAAUUGCAGAUGACCAAAGUGUAGCCCUUCUUGAGGAGUUUACAGCGGAUCCGGAGCCUCUUGUCUCUGAAAGCUGUCAAGUUGCACUAAGCAUGCUAGAAUAUGAACGAUCAGGGAAAUCAUUUGAGUUUCUCUUUAUUCGCACUCCAACUGUGCAUUGAAUGACAGAAGAAUGAAAGAUGUAUGAGAUUGAAGAGAUACACACAGAAGAGGCAUAAAAACAGAGAUUUUUAUUCAUAGAAACCCAGUUAAUUAUUACCCUUGCUUGCGGGGGUAUGAACUAUUAAAUGGAUGCAUUUAACUAACUCUGAUAGGGUGGUCGAGUAGAGUAGACUCAUCGUCUUUUAACUAAGAAUCGAGAGUUUGAUCCUUGUUUCAGAUUUGGAAAAAAAGAAAUUCUAAAACUCCAGGUUGGGUGCAGUACACAGGUAGAUGGAAUAAUUCAUAUACUGUGUUGUUCAUGAGUGUGUUUUAUAUAUUAAGAUGUAUACCCGUAGCAUAUCAAUUAUGAUUCUAAUUACGAAAUUAACAUUUAGCUGAUAAUAAUUAGCUAAUUUUUGAAA